AUACAGUGAAUGCAGGGUCCGGGGAGAGCGGAUACAGUGAAUGCGGGGUCCGGGGAGAGCGGAUACAGUGAAUGCGGGGUCCGGGGAGAGCGGAUACUGUGAAUGCGGGGUCCGGGGAGAGCGGAUAUAGUGAAUGCGGGGUCCGGGGGGAGAGCGGAUAUAGUGAAUGCGGGGUCCGGGGAGAGCGGAUAUAGUGAAUGCGGGGUCCGGGGAGAGCGGAUAUAGUGAAUGCGGGGGUCCGGGGAGAGCGGAUACAGUGAAUGCAGGGUCCGGGGAGAGCGGAUACAGUGAAUGCGGGGUCCGGGGAGAGCGGAUAUAGGGAAUGCGGGGUCCGGG